CCCGGCACUAAAAUGUAACAUUGAUUUGGUAGCGCCCCCGAAGGUAGGGUUGCUCCUCAAUGUCAGCCCCAAGGAUCAAGACCGGACGAUCACUUGCGAUCUUCAAAGUUAAUUUUGGAAAAGACUCCCUACUUAUAUAUAAUACAUAGGGUACAUGUAUUAGAAGUCUGAUUAAACCUUAGGCUUUUAUUUUCUUCAUCCACGUUGACAAAAUAUAGUAAAAUGAAGUCGGCCUUCACUAUCGCAGGGCUUAUGGCUCUAAUUUCUACAGCUCAAGCCACUAUUCCCGAUGAAUACUUUGAGGCUACUGUGAGCACAAGUGGCCCUGAAUCCUCGCUCAGUGGCUACUACCUCCACUCAGGGCCAAAUGUUAAUGGCGACACGUCGGUGAGCCUCACCAGCACAGGAGAUGAUUUGCUCUAUAUCGAUGAACUCAACCAUCUGAUCCUGGUCGUCAAUUUUGUUGUCGUCGGCGCCGCCUACAUUGACCAUGAUGAUCAUGGGCUUCUGAAAUUCAACAAUGAUACCCAAAUCGUCGGCAACGGCGAAUUCACAAGCAGUAACACCACUCAUGACUUUGUGAAAUUCGAUGUCAACAACUUUACGCUAGUGGCCCAGAAUUCUGCCCAAUGGUCCUGGUGCCCUCUCGAUGGCGCUCCGAAUGGUACACUGGCUUUAGGGCCCACGACUGGAGAUGGAUGCCAGAAGAUUGACUCUCUCUCCGUCGCCUACACCGAUUAA